CACACUUCCUCCAUCUGCGUGUUUUCAUAAACAAAUCCCAUUUUUCUCCCGCCGGGACGCUCCAGUCUCUCGCUGUCAGCCUGCCAGCAUUGUGAGAUUCCAGCUUCUGUUUUUACCGAAGAGAAGCGUUGAAGAACUUUGAGAGCUGGUUCGGAUUUAAAAGAGAAACGCGGGUAAACGGGCUCCGCUGCAACAACCUAGGACUGGUUGUGUUGCCUUUUUUUUUUUCUUUUUUUUGUCCGAACCGUCAGCGCAUGGUGGACUGUUGCAUCGAGCUGACCUGCACGAAAUAACGUGUUACCUGCUUCUUUCGCUGGGUGGUUUUAAAACAGUCAGUGGCAUUUGGUCGUUGUGUGAUUGUAAAGAGCUUCGGUGUUUUCAGACAUGGUGAAGCUGACAAAGGCCAAGACUUUCCAGGCAUACCUGGACUCCUGCCACCGUCGCUACAGCUGUGUUCACUGCCGCGCCCACCUGGCUAACCAUGACGAUCUUAUCUCCAAGUCUUUUCAAGGGAGCCAGGGACGAGCCUAUCUCUUUAACUCUGUGGUCAACGUUGGCUGUGGUCCUGCAGAGGAGAGGCUGCUGCUUACAGGACUUCACGCAGUGGCCGACAUCUACUGUGAAAACUGUCACACCACGCUGGGCUGGAAAUAUGAACAAGCCUUCGAACUCAGUCAGAAAUACAAGGAGGGGAAGUACAUCAUUGAGCUCUCCCACAUGAUAAAGGAUAACGGCUGGGACUGAGAAGGAAAUCUCCAACUUUCUUCAUGACUUUUUUUAAGAGUUGCAUCCCCUCAACUUUAAAGAUGUAGCCUUCUCAUCUCAUGUUCGAGCUGCUGCUGUGCCACACCUUUCACUUCAUACAGCUUUGCCAAGAAUAGCAUGUGAUGCCUUAUCUUUGUCUGUUCUUAAUGUUUCUUCAGCAACCACAACACAUCUGCUGAUAUGGCUAUCCCAGUUGUUAGCUGUGCUGGGGCAUGGACUGAAUGAGUGCAUGGUUGGUUUGUGUGGGAGAUGUAGUCACACAAGCACCCAGUGCGUGUUGGAUUGUAAAGCAUUUGCAUUAGGGAUCAAAAGUUUGUAGUGACCACUAAACAGUCGCUCUGUGGUGCCGUGGCUGAUAAAUGUCCUAAGAAUUUGAUCUCAGACAUCAAAUGCAGGUAUUUGAGUUUUCCUUUUGAGUUUAAGGUGCAUAAUUAGCUGUAUCUGGCCCAGAUGGAGACUACCAUCAUGGUUUGUUUGACCCAGAUUAAUUUCAAGAGGAGUUGGUACAAGGGGUAUGGUUACACACUGAGCAGCAGGAGGUUUUUUGCUUUUAAUUAAAGAAAAUUUGAUUUCCUUUUUAUGGUCAAAUCAGUAACACUUGCUCUUAUUUCCCAAAUGCAAUCAGGAUAUCAAAUUAGUAAUUUGAAAGCCUGCAAAAAUCUCCUGCAAGAAUUCUUAAAUCUGUAGAAUGAGUUUUCUGUUCACAGGUAUAAAAUAUAGGGUGAGUGUGUCUGCAUGUGUUUGCAGUUUAUGCUGAGGCGUCUUAAGCUGGACAAUGUUGAGAAGCAUUGGUCUGGAGUUGGUUCACUUCUAGAGUUUUCACUGUAUACAUGGUUUAUCUUCACCUUCAUUUAAUGCUAAUGACAUCUAUCCUUUAUACAUUUGUGUAUUACCUAACACUGAGCUGCCCCUGCAGAUACAUUAGCUUUAUGGUGUUAGUGCAAAGUGUGAUUAGGAUAUUGUAGCAUAUUUAUGGUGAUUUUAAUGUCUGCUUUCAUUUAAGUAUUUUUAUUUUAACCUGGUAUUUCAUUAAACUACGGUUUGCCAGUAA